UACCAGUCGGCGCUCCCGGGCGCUGGCGGCGGAAGAGAUGGAGCCGCGUCACGGGCGCCCGGCCCCUUAAAACGCUGCUGGCUGGAGCCGCCUCCCUCCCUGCAACCCGCGGCGGGGAUGGAGUAAAGGGGGACCCGUCGACCUGCCCGCGGGGAUCAGCGAUGGAGUUAAAGCAAUCUUUAUCCACCCAUCUGGAAGCUGAAAAGCCUCUGAGGCGCUAUGGGGCGGUGGAGGAGACAGCAUGGAAAGCGGAGGGACUGGGGAGAACCCAGCUGGACAUCAUCUCCAUGGCAGAGACGACCAUGAUGCCCGAGGAGAUCGAGCUGGAGAUGGCAAAGAUCCAGCGUCUCCGGGAAGUGCUCGUCCGCCGGGAGUCUGAGCUCAGGUUCAUGAUGGAUGACAUUCAGCUCUGCAAGGACAUCAUGGACCUCAAGCAGGAGCUGCAGAACUUGGUCGCCAUCCCAGAAGAAGAAAAAACCAAGCUGCAGAAGCAGAGAGAGGAUGAGCUAAUCCAGAAGAUCCAUAGACUCGUGCAGAAGAGAGACUUCCUCGUGGACGACGCGGAGGUGGAGCGGCUAAGGGAGCAAGAAGAAGACAAGGAAAUGGCCGAUUUCCUGAGAAUCAAGUUAAAACCUCUAGACAAAGUAGCCAAAUCUCCAGCCAGCUCCCGGGCAGAGAAGAAAGCAGAGCCCCCACCUAGCAAGCCCACGGUGGCCAAGACUGGGCUGGCACUCAUCAAGGAUUGCUGCGGGGCCACCCAGUGCAACAUCAUGUAGCCCGCACACAGGGUGCCCCAGGGCCACGGGGACCCCCCUCCCACCCUCUUGUCGUCAUAGCCCCCAUUUCACCGGGGCCUAAGAGCUCUCCAAGGCUUCCGGAAGGGGUUGAAGGCAAACCUGUGACUGCCGCCAGGGGCCAUGGGCGCGGCAGGCGGGCUGGCCGCCCUGUACAGAGUGUAGCAAUAGGGAGUCCCUCACCGUCGCAUGGCCCUCCCCAGAGCAUGCCGAACCCAGGAGUCUGCCUCACCAAUUAUCCAACCACCAGGAAGGUCCUCCCUCAGAAAAGUUUAUCUCCACUUCUAUUUAGCUGUAUCUAACCCACUGUGCAAAUCAUCUGGGAGAGGGGCAUCGGUCCCCAGGUGUGUAUAGUUGUGACUUCUCAACAAUCUAGCACCGUAUUGGACACCUCCCCUUCCACCCUCCUAGCUCUGCUGUCAGGCCUGCCCCAAAUAGGCACAGGUCCCAUCCCCCGUCUGUCCUCUCCCAGGGACCGUGCCCCCCACUGGAGGGCCCUACACGUAGCCCAUGCAUCUCUCAGGCACCAUCAGUGUCACGUUCUUGGAGGCCGAUGGCCUGUCUGUUAAAGACUUGAGCUUGUGUGCCACGCUGUGGUCACAUCUCCUGCUUCCUCCCAUCCUGUGUCCGGGCCCAGUUCACAUCAGGAGGGUGUCCACCGUGCUCUUGGCUCUUCUUUUACUUGCCAUGUGUGGCCCAGGGGCAUGGAGCUGAGUGGGGACAGGUCUGGGCAGCAGCUGAUCCAGUGCUUGGAAGAAAGAGGGGAAUCCAAGGCCAAGACCAGGACAGACGGAAGGGGACCCAGAACAGACGUUGACCCAGACGCUCGUUACCCACCGGGGGGGCCACUGCAGGAGUGCCAGUGGGAUGUCACCACACCAGCCCAACACCCAGACCUCCAUCAAGAACGCUGACAGGCGGGAGAGACAGCGUGACCCAGCCGUGUCCCAUCCUCUGGUGGCGUAUUUGAACCAGCCUAACAAUUCCACCUGUCCAACUUGAUGUACAUUUGCUAUAGCCAGCCAGGCACAGCCCGUGUGACCUCUCUGUCCGUGUAUGUGUGUCGUGACCGGCCUUAGUAGUUAGUGUAACUCAAGGUUCGCUGAUGUUCCGUCAUCCAUCAGAGAAAAUAAAAUGGAAACCACGUACACCGCUUUUUAAAUGCUUUAAUUUUUUCCCCUUGAUUAUGGAAGUGAUUGAUGUACAUAGUAAAUCAUUUUAAAAGUACAGAAAAUAUAAAGACUUCUUUUGUU